AUGAGUGUUCGCUCACGGUCAUGGUCACGGUCGUACUCGGUAUCGACAGACAGGUCGACUGAUAGUUGUGGAACUGCUACGACGGCGAGCUCGGUAGUGGAUGGGGAGUGUUGUCUCAGGGAAGGUGGGGAGGUAUGUUUCCGGGAGGUAUUUACACCUCCAUGGGAGUCUACAACCAGCUCUACAACCAGCUCUACAACUCCUUCCACGCGGGCAAGCUCCAUCUCAGAACCCACCAGGGACUCCAAACCCGCCCCCGUUCCCGUUCCCGCCCUCGAGCUCACAGUCGGUGUCGAACUGGAGUUCCUCCUCCUCUCCCCCGUCCCCACACCCCACACGCUCCUCUACCCCCUCCUCCGCACCGCCCUCACCCCCCUCGCCACACUCCUCUCCACCACCGCGUCCCCCCUCCUAGAACCCCACCCAGAAACAAUCUUCCAGCUUAAAACGGACGAUACGAUCUCCUCCAACCCAUGGGGCCUCCGCGCAGCACCAAUCGAGAUUGCAACCCCAAUCCUCCGCAGAGGCGACUGGGAAUGGGCCCUUCCCGCGCUGUGCACGGCCGUAAAAUCACUCCCGGGUAUCACCGCCCGCGUAAAUAGGUCCACCGGACUGCAUGUCCAUGUGGGACUCGGACGGCCGUAUACGCUCCCCGAGCUGAAGCGCGUGGCGAAGGCGGUGGUGUUGCUGGAAGGGUGUAUGGAUGCGAACCACCCGCGGCAUAGGAUCCCGAGUGAUGCGAUGGGGAGCUGCUACCGCAGCGUUGUGGGGAGUCUUGUGUUUCGCGGGUGUUCGCCGUGGGACAUGGUGAAGAUGGUGGAUGACUGCGGGAGUGUCAUGGAGCUGUUGGGGGUUGUGAAUGCGGUGGGGGGAGGGGGGAGGGGCAGUGGGUGGUGUAGGCUAUAUAAGUACAAUUUUACGGCGGUGGUGGUGUAUGGGAGUGUGGAGUUUCGGCAGGCGACGGGGACAGUGCGCGGUGGGAGGGUGAGGGAGUGGGUGCGGUGUGUGAUGAGGUUUGUGGAGAGGGCGGUGGGGACAGGGGAGGAGGUGUGGGAGGAGUGGGCGGCGAGAGGGGAGGUGCCGAGGGCGUUGUGGAGGAUGUUUGGGGCGCCGAGUGCGUGUGGGUGGGGGAGGAGGUUCAGGGAGAGGGGGGCGAAGAAGAAGAAGGGGAGGAGAGUGCCCAUGAGGUUCAGGCUGAAGGGGAGGAGGAAGAGCGUCUAUCUGGCCAGGCGGGGCAGAGGGGGAUAG